GGAAAUGUCUUCAAAGAAAGACAAAUCAGAAAGUCCAGUUGCCUCUUGAAAAAACAAUUUUUGGGACAACCAUGACCCAGAUGACUGAGAAUCUCCAUAGACAUUUUCCUGGCAAGUUUUUUGGAAGUGAUCAGAAAUGGUAUAGGGUCUCUUGCUUGAGCAGGGGGUUGGACUAGAUGACCUAGAACAGGGGUCACCAACUGGUGGUCCGUGGACCACUGGUGGUCCACAAGAAAAUUUUGGUGGUCCACAGAAAAAUUAUUUGCAUUCUUUAUAUUGCACUAAAUCAGGGGUCCUCAAACUAUGGCCCCUGGGCUGGAUAAGUGCAAUGAAUGUUUGUGUUGCUGCAGAGAGUCUCCCCCUUUGGGGUCUUCUUGUGUGGGUCGGAGGGGGACAGAAAUUCCAACUUGGGGUCUGCUUCAGCCUCCUGGUGUGGGGCUUUGGGCGAAGGCUGGAGGGAAGUGCCGCUGGUGGCGAAGAGCCAGAGGGCCUCGUUCCAGUGGGACUUAAUUAUAGCCUAAAACUGGCUGACCAUCUCAGCCCGUGAACCUUCAGGCACGGGUACCUGGCCUUGCUCUCCCACAGGUCUUCCCUCUGUUUGGAAAGCCUAUGGUAGUAGUCCUCAAUGAGGUGUUUCUGCUGAGCCUCCUUCCCAGUCAGAUCCAAUUUGAAUUGAGCUGUUUUGCCAACUCUUUCUCAUGGUGGCUGCUUAGCUCCAGCAACUGCUUCUUGUUGGGGCCCCAAGGAGCCCGGGCGGGCAGGCGAGGAGUAGCAAGUAGAGGCUGGCAAGGCGCCCCUCAACAUGACUGACAUCGAGUUGGCCACGCCCACCCAGUCACAUGAAAACUUUGCCAAACCCACCCAACUGGUCAUUAGGCAGAUCAUAAUAGUGGUCCGCAGGAUUUAAAAUUAUGAAUUUAGUGGUCCUUGAGAUCCAAAAGGUUGGUGACCCCUGACCUAGAAGAUCCCUUUCAAUUCUGUUGUUCUAUUUUUCUAACUGGUUUGCCAAUGCCUCCUUUUUAGGGCUGAGAGAAAGUGACAACUCAGGUCACCCCUAAGGCAGAAUUAGAACUCGCAGCUUAAGUACAAUAAAUACUGCUAGAAGAGGAUAUUUGUAGCUCAGGCUUGAAACUUUACAGUAAGAAAAGCAUUUAUCAAGUGUACCGAUUCAACAGAAAAUUUGGGCUCAGUUGUGAUUGUAAGUCGAGGGCUAUUGGAAUGCCAAUAAUGUAUUUUUCUAUUGUGUGGUUCAUCUUGGAAAAUUUAUAGAUGAAAUUAAAAGGGCAGCAUACAGAGAAAAUAAUUGAUUUUCCAGCUGGAGCUGUUUAUCAAGACAUUUCUUUUUUGUUACUGCUACUUCUAGGGAAAAUGUGACAUGGAGGAGGCUCCUUCCCAGGGGACAAAUCAUGGUUUCCUGUUAUUUUAGUAUGACAACAUCCACUCUAUUUCAUUUAAUAGGUGGGGUAGAACAAGGAGAAAUUUCCCAAAAAAAUAACUCAAAACACACAGACAUUUGGAACAUAGCUAUACAUAUGCCUAUAGUGCCAGAUUGAGAAACAUUUGUUCCUCAAAAAACUCAAAUCCAUGAUUCCCAGACACUUUAGAAAUUUUUGUUGUACGUUUCAGCCAAGAAUUCACAAUUUCAAUUUUCUGUCCUCUUCCACAUUCACAGUACCAACUGAAGAUGGCUUGUAUGUAUACUUUUCAUUUUAAAAUACCUUCUGAAUCAGGCUUCCUCAACCUGGUGCCCUCUGCGUGCAUUACAGAUUUCACAUGGCUGCUGAGUGGGAAUUUUUGGAAGCUGGGAUCUCAGUCGGGCAUAUGCAUAAAUAUGGUAUUCUGUGCAUUUCUUUGAAGACAAAAGAGAGUUAGUUCGAGCAUGUGCAGUAUAACCCAUCAGGAAUUGGAAGAAGAGAAAACAAAUCAAGUUUUGAUUUUGGGAUUUUAGGAUUAGAUCUGAUUUGAUUAGAUAAUUAUUCUGGAUUCUUAAUUAUAUGAUUAUGAUUUAUAGUUGGUAGGUUUGUUAUAUGUUAAGACUAAUGUUGAAUUAAAAGCAUAUGAACAUUGGAGUUUUGUGAGCAUUGAUGUUUUAAGUGUUUUCAGGUAUUUAUAUUAUUUAAUUAACUUUAGGCAGAGGUUGUCGUAUUGUAUUAUAUAAAAUAAUAUAUAAUAAAAUAAGAAAGUAAGAGGGCCAGUUUGGUUUAGGAGUGAAGGCAGCAGGCUAGAAAGUGGGAGACCCUGAGUUCAAGUCUUAGCCAUGCAAGGCAGCUGGUGACUUUAGGCCAGUCACUCUCUUUUGGACCAAGCCAAUUUAUAGGGUUGUUGUUGGAAAAUAGGAGGAAGAUGUGUUGGUUAUGUUUGCCACCUUAUCUGUAAAAUAAUAAAGGUGGGAUACAAACAGACAAAAUUGUCUCCAAAAGUUGGAGAUCACCUUUAUUGUUUUACUUGUUUUAGGUAUUUUGCUCACUUUGUAACUUUAUCCUUAUAUUCCCUUUCCCUUUUAUGUUAGAUUGUACUGUAUUUUAAUAUAUUUUGGUGCUCUGGGGGACAACGGGCAAAACUGUCUUUGCAGCCUAUAACUUGUUGCUUAAGCAGAAAUGCCAGGGAGUCACAAACUUUACAAUUGCCCUUUUCAACAAAACGGGUUGUAGGACUCGUAGGCAAACACAGGCAUUCUGUUUCAGCAAAGAUGUCAAAUGCGAGCCUGAGGAAAAAAGAUUCUACUUUAUACAAAUUUAGGAGUAAACUAGUCCCAGUGCUCAGAAACAUGAGUUAAGGUGUGGAAGGGCGCAAGAAGAACACGUCAUCUUGUUACAUUGUCCAAGGAACCGUGGUCUUUAGCCAGGCUUCUCAAGGUUUCUUUCUUUCUUUCUUUCUUUCGUCGAGUACAUAUUAGAUAAUAUAUAUAAGUAUAAGCAUGAAUUGAAUACAUAAAAUGAAUACAAUUAAAGGGAACAUUAGGAUAGGGAUGGUAGGCACGCUGGUGCUCUUAUGCACGCCCCUUACAGACCUCUUAGGAAUGGGGUGAGGUCUACAUUAGACAGUCUUAGGUUAAAGCUUUGGGGAUUUUGGGAAGAGACCACGGAGUCUGGUAGUGCAUUCCAGGCAUUAACAACUCUGUUACUGAAGUCAUAUUUUCUGCAAUCGAGUUUGGAGCGUUACUCCGGGCCGUCUCGCCUCAGUGUUUCCCAGUGAUUUAACGACUGAGGGACGGGGCGGGGAGGGAGGAGGGAAGAAUUGCUUUCCGCAGAGCCUUUGCUCCGAAGCCCCUCUUUCGAGGGAUUUGCGUAGCCCCUUCCUCAUACAAUCCGGCAAAGAGAGAGAGAGCGAGCAGAGGAGCCUUUUCCCCGCUGGGGCCGGAACUAUCCACGUGAGCUUUCAGUGCAGCCGGCACUUUGCUUUUGGGGAACCUGGCAAACAGGAUACAGGGGAGAAGAGAAGAAAGCGCGUGGCGCCGGUUAGAAGAAGGCGAGGAUGAGUCUGAAGCGGCUUCCCGGGCUCUUCUGGGGCGGAAGGAGAUGCUUCCUUCAGGUUCUGCUUCCUUCAUCUCAAGGUCUUUGGUAUUGCAAGAAAUCUACAUGUGCCAGGAAACAGAUUUCUCCAUCAGGAACUGAAGCAAAAGAUGCAAUAGACACCUUGUUUUCUUCUGAACAGCAAUCUGUUAUUUUGCAGUUCCUCAAUUCAGCAUCCGAAGAAGAACUUUCUGCAGUUAAACUAUUGCAAGGGAAAAAGUCUCUUAAUGUAAUGGAGUUUCGAAACAAGCAUGGGCCAUUUCAGGAAUUACAAAGUUUACUGCAAGUGCCUUCUUUUCGGUAUAAAACAGCGGUUAAAGUCUGCAACUUUAUUCUCAACCCUCUACAAAAAGAAGAGAAAAAAACAUGCAAUCCUAUGUCUGCCAGGAAAUGCAUCAGUCCUCCAAUUAAAAGAAACAGGUUGAAGGCUGCUAACAAUAUUGUAUCUAUUGUUUUUGGCGUGCAUAAAAUUUCAUGGGCUCAUGUUAACAGAGGUUUGGUUGUGCAGAACUGGCAUUUGGAAAACUACCGACAUAAGGACGAAACAUUCACACCAGCAAUGUACCUUGAUACAGUAUCUACCAUAAUAUCCAAGAUUCCUGAAGCAGACUUUUACGUUUUGGAAAAAGUUGGACUUCCUCCCACAAAUGCUGCCUUGUUUCCAGUAACGUUGCAUCUUCGUAUAAUGGAAGCUGUACUUUAUGCAUUAUUGCAAAAAAGUUUUGGAAAGGAUGGACAACCCCAAGUGCUGAGCAUCGCCCGGAAUGCUGUAGGCAGAUAUUUUGGAUUGAUGUUGGGAGAGGCACGAAUUAGUGGAGUGGACCUUGUAAAGCAGUUUCUGUUGGACUCUGCUACACAAACAUGCCGUGUGAGCUUUGCAAACAAUGUAGUUGCCAGGCAUAUGCAUAUAGUGUCAGGUAAUACAUGGAAAAGAGAGGAGGAACUAUGUGAUUCAUUAUUACAGGCAAUAGCUUUUUAUGAGCUUCUGGUAUUGGACACCAAUGAAAUGUCUUAAGAAUCAAAUAAAUUCAUGAUUGUGUGACUUCUGGAUUGUACAAUAAUAUAUCUGUGACAUUUGAUGAAACAUUACAAAAGUUGAAAUAAUCUUCAGGUGUUAGAUUCCUGAGAACAGGAAAUAAUUUUGACAUUACCUUAACGCUCUCUAAUAUUACAUAACAAUUGAAGACAUUCAAAAUGAAAGAAUUAUAUAAUUAACAGGUUUUGGAUCAGUGACAAAUAAUAAAUAAGCAACCUGUCAAAUAUUUCAAAGCCAUAUUGUAUGUCUGGUAGAAGAUGCUAAGUGCUUAACCACAUGUUACCAAGAGGUUUUUAAAAAAAAACAAAAAACAAGAAUGGUUUUAAUAAUUAUUUUUCCACUUGGUCAACUGACAUGCAAUAGACUUCAGGAAUUACUAAGUAUGGAAAUACUUUCUUUUAUUCUAAUCUAAACAACCUUCAUUAUUAGGGUUAAAAGUAGUA